AUGAAACGAGUCGCCGAAGUAAGUCACCCUUCUUCUCUUCAUCCAUUCGAACUUCCCUCUCCAGAGCCGCCUGCGCCACUGGCCGUCGACGAUGAAGGUGGACGGCGUGCGUGUGGACGUGCCGGUGAAGAGUUGACAGAAAAAUGGAACGAACCCAUUUCCACUUCCCGUCAUCGAAUUCGACAUUGUCAACAGCUGGAAGGCGGUUGCCGAGCAAGUUCGACAGCAGACACUCAAGUCGAAGUGAGUCGUGGUUGUUGA